AUGGAAGCAUUUCAUGGGAUGAAGAAAAAUACACCUUCACUGCUUCCUGUACCAUCACCUAGAACUUCCUCUGAUGGACUUUCCAUCGACCCUACAAUGGUUAGCCAAGAUAUGGAGGCCAUGGAAAAUGCAAAGCAAAUUAUGAAAAGACUCACUAAAAACCUGAACAGUGACAUCAUUUCCAAGCUAGAUCAAGCUGAUACAUUCAGCAGGAAGAAGGCAACCAUCGGGAUUUUUGGAAGAUCAGGAGAAGGAAAGAGCUCCCUAUUAAAUGCAAUCUUAGGGAAACAGGAUCUCUUACCGUCUGGUUGUUUUGGUGCCUGUACAGCUGUUGUUACUCAGGUGGAAGCCAAUCUGACUGACUCCAACUACACAGCAGAGAUCGAACUCAUCUCUAAAGAGGAGUGGGAGGAAGAUCUCAAAUAUCUUUCCAGAGAUAUAAAAGAUAAAAGUGAAGACAGCAAUAAGGACUUGAAGGAAGUUGCUGUAGAAAAGAUUACUGCUCUGUAUGGGUCUGAUGCAGAUAAAAAAACACCAGAAGAGCUAAAAAAAGACAUCAAAUUUGCUGAGAUUAAAACCUUUUUGUCAGUGAGUAAGAUGGUAAUCUCAAAAAAUGAUCUCUCUGAAUUUAUCAACGAUGUUGCAAGUUUCAUACAACACAAUGAGUCAAGUACUGGUGGCUGGUUCUGGCCACUUGUGAAGAGUGUGACGAUCAAGAUACCAGGCUGUCAUGAACUCCUGGAACACAUUGUGCUUCUAGAUCUUCCUGGGACUGGAGACUACAAUAAGAUUAGAGAAGACCUGUGGAAAUCUGUAAUGAGAGAGUGCUCUUCUGUGUGGAUUGUAAGUGAUAUCAAUCGAGCAAUCACUGACAGAGACCCCUGGGGGAUAUUAAAACACUGCAUUCAAGAACUGGGACCAGGAGGAGAAUGUAAAAGCAUCAACUUCAUCUGUACAAAGACUGAUGAUAUCAAUACACGAAUGUAUAUGAGAUCUGCACGGCUUCCAAGUGACCAAAUCUCAAAAGACAAGAAAAUAUUAAACAAUGACCAUCAGUUUCAAGUUUUCACUGUAAGUUCCAAUGCGUUCUUUGACCACAAUUUAAAUCUGGAAUCAAGUGAAACAGAAAUCCCAAAGCUGCAGGAUGACCUGAGGAAUCUUAACAAGAACAUUAACAGAGAACUGACCAAAGAUCAUGUCAAUGAAGCAAAGGGAGUUUUGUCUCUGAUCCAAAGUGUCCAGCUGGAUACAGACAAGAAAACGAUUGAAGUAAAAAUCAAUAUCCGUAAUGAAUUUGAAAAGAAAUUAAUGAAGUCACUAAAUGAACUGGAGAAACGCUUUGACGCUAUUUAUAAUGAUCUGGAGCAGAAACUCUCAAAGGGAGUGGAAGAAUCAGUGAAGUCAUGUGUUAAUUCCACAAAGGAACUGAUAUCAGAUGUGAGUGUGAUUCAAAUAUUUGUAUGCUAUCAAACCCUUGAAGCUUUGUGCAGAAAAAGUGGGUGUCAUUUCCCAAGGAACAUGACACAGAUUUUUGACCUGAACAAGACAUUAGCCAAACACCUGCAUGAACACAUUGAUGAAGAUUUUGAUCAGAUUUUUCCUGUGACUGGAAAAACAGGAAAGUCAGUGCAGGAACAGAUUGAUAAAUUCAGUGUCAUCCAGAGUGACUCUGCUUACCCCAGCUCUGACAAUCUACAUCACAUUCACAACUUCAUCAAAAUAGAAGAAACCAAACUGAAGUCUGAACUCAAAAGACACAUUGUUAAUAUAAAAAAGGACAUCUACUCAUCAAUACAAACAACCAUUCAGAAUAAAAUGGCUUCUUGUUAUAAACAUAAGAUAGCAUUAUGA